AUGGUUGUUGAAGAUGAAACCCAUCCUUUUGCCAGUAAUCUUCCUCAACCUGAUAGGGAUCUAGGUUUAUCUCCAUCCAGUCCAUAUUAUGUCCAUUCGGCUGACAAUCCCACAACUGUCAUCUUCACACCCCUCCUAACCAGUAAUAACUAUUGCAUCUGGGAGAGAGGAGUUCGAAAAGCCCUAAAUGCUAAAGCAAAACUAGGUUAUAUCGAUGGAACCAUUGCAAAAUCGAAGGAUGAAACAGAUCUUCUCCAUCGGACUCGAGCAGAUGACCUGGUGGGUAGCUGGGUUGCAAACUCUGUUGACCCAGUAAUUCGAUCCAGUAUAAUGUCUUUUCCAUCUGCCAGGGAUCAAUGGUUGGAAAUCAAAAACCGAUUUUCUCAUACCAAUGCCCCUAAGUUGUUUGCCCUAAAGCAGUCAAUUUCAUUGUUGAAACAAGACAAUAUGAAUGUUGCGAUGUAUUUCACUCAACUCAAGACUCUGUGGGAUCAGCUUGAUACUUUCAGGCAUGUUCAACCGUGCAUCUGUGGUGCGGGAAAAGAUUUUGUGGAUCAUCAUAACUAA